AUGAGCGGUCUGCAAAACGACGUCCUCAAUUCCGCGCCCCGGGCGACUUGGCUUGGGGCGCGCGACGCCGGAUUUCCGGUCGUGUCGGAGUCUAGCGACAAAUUCGCCCGCGGGCAGCUAGCAGGCGUCAUUACGUGCACAACCGCAGUAACAAUACUCGUCUUUCUGCGAUUCCUCGUCAAAUACACGUCUGGUACUAGGAUGCUUCUCGACGAUUGGACUUGCAUCGUAGCAUGGAUGUCCAUCAUCAUCUACGCGAUGACUGCCAUCAUGAUGUUUCACUACGGCCUUGGCCAUCACAUGUCGGAGGUGUCAGAGGACAGUUAUGUGGAGAUACUCCGGUGGCUGUAUGCCAGCUCCAUUGUCUACAUCCCCGCCACGUACGUGACGAAGGUGACGCUUCUCCUUCUCGUCGCCCGCGUCUUUGCGGUGAUGGAAAAGGUCGUGCGGGGCAUAUACAUUUUCAUCAUCGCCCUAUUCCUGGCGUACCUCCCAAUCCAGCUCGUCAAGAUGUUCAUCUGCACGCCGAUAGCCUCGUACUGGGAUCCCAACAUCGCCGGCACGUGCCUGGAGAUGAGAAAGGUGUUUGUCAGCGACCUGUGCCUUGCCAUCAUCACCGAUACCACGAUCCUAAUUCUCCCAAUCCCCCUCACAUGGUCGCUCAGCUUUUCAUGGAAGAAGAAGAUCAAGAUUGGUGUGCUUCUCGGGGCUGGUGGCGCUGCGACCGCCGUGACGACAUAUCGGCUCUAUCUCGUCAUCCAGUAUCUUGAUUCCGUCGACUCUACAUACGACUUUGCGUUCCUUGCUACUUUGACUCUCCUGGAGAUGGUCCUCGGCCUGUCGUGCGCCUGCCUACCAACACUCAAUGUCCUCGUCGAGCGCGUCACCAGGCGAGCGAGCGGAGCCAACAGCGACCGACAGCCCCAGAACAUGCCGAGAACGCGACGCUCACAACUACCGCCGGACAGGAGGGACGAGCCGAGCGAGCUCUCAAAGAUGUGGACGACCAUCACGGGCAAGACGAUUGCCAGCUCAACCACCCGCGCGGGGGACCGAUCGACCACCACGGCGACAACCACGAUCCGGCCGUUUGGAAGCUUUAUUACUAGCAAGCUCAGAGGGGGGACGGCGACGACGACGCACACAAAUGUCCAUGACGAGCUGCCAGUACAUAACCAUGGGAUGCAUCUCCUCACCACCCAUGGGAACUUGGAGACGUGUUCUGCCAGCGAGCACACCAUCAACACGCAUUCGGACAGAAUGCCCUGUGCAGCAGCAGCAACAGCAGCAACAGCGGCGAUAACGCCCCAAACCGAGCCGGAAUCCCCAGACUUUGACGUCGAAAUGCAAAUGUCGUCCGGCAAGCCCGUGCUGAUCACGAGCAAUGGCGGACAGGUCCCCACGGGGCCAGAGUGCCUGCGACUCGUGGACGCCGCGCAGGGGAGGAGAGAAGGCUGGCUCGCGCCCGCGGCAGAAAUCUCGGCGGCCGAACGGGAGCUGGCAGCCGCAGCUGGACUCGGGGCCGGGGCGACGGCGAGGAGCGCCAUGGCGUUCAACGCACAGUGGUGCCAGUCCUUGAGGGAUACGACUGGCCACGAUGGUGCUGGGCCGAAGAGAGAUUGGAUUUGGGAUGGGACGUGGCGAGGGUGA